AUGGCAACCGACAUUAGCCAUACGCCGCCAGAGUAUGCGGACCCUGAAAAGUCCCCCGCGGAAGACGAGAAGCUCGGCAUCAAGACGGCGCAUAACAUCCAUGGCCAGGACAUUGAGCUAGAAAAUGGACAUCUUGCCGAGCUGGAGGUUGACAUGGAGCGGGUGCUCGACGAGGAGGGCGAGGGGGACUACGAUGCCGACACCUCGCCGUUUCCUCAGGUCAGAGCUGUUGUGCCGGAGACGGACGACACUGCGAUCCCCGUCAACACAUUCCGGGCUUGGUUCCUUGGUGUUAUCUUCGUCUUCCUCGGCGCGGGCGUGAACCAGUUCUUCUCGUUGCGCUACCCCGGUGUUCACAUCGUCUCCCUCGUCGCAGAGCUGAUUGCGUUCCCCAUUGGCGUCACGCUCGCCAAGAUCCUGCCCAUCAGCCGCUUCAACCCCGACCGGCACUUCAACAUCAAGGAGCACGCCCUCGUGACCAUCAUGUCCAACGUCUCCUUUGGCUUCGGCUCGGCUGAUGCCACGAACCUGAUUCAGGCGGCCAGGCUGUACGGCUUCUACAUCCCGCCCGGAUUCUCCGUGCUCGUCGUCCUGUGCUGCCAGCUCAGUGGGUACGCCGUCGCAGGUCUCGCCAUCCCCUGGCUCGUCAAGCCCGCGAGCAUGAUCUGGCCCGGCGUGCUCAGCAACGUCGCCCUCCUCAGCUCCCUGCACUCGAGGGCCAACGCCAUGGCUGACGGGUGGAGAAUCACCCGCAUCAAGUUCUUCAUGAUUGUCGGCGGCUGUGCGUUCGUCUGGUACUGGUUCCCCGGUCUCAUGUUCACGGGCCUCAGCUACUUCACCUGGAUAUGCUGGAUCGCGCCCAACAACUUGGCCGUCAACCAGGUCUUUGGCAUGGUUACCGGCAUGGGGCUCUUCCCGUUGACGUUUGACUGGUCCAUGAUUGCGUACAACACCAACCCGCUCCUGAGCCCGCACUGGGCGGCGCUGAACGUCUUCUUUGGCUUUGCCAUCUUCUUCUGGAUCAUCACGCCGGCCAUUUACUACACCAACACGUGGUUCACCUCGUAUAUGCCCUUCUGCACGGCCGAUGUCUAUGAUCGAUUCGGCAGUCUUUACAACGUGACGGAGGUCCUGACGAAUAACGAAUUCGAUCAGCAAAAGUACUCUGCGUACUCCCCCCCGUAUCUGCCGGCAACUUUUGCUUUUGUGUACGGGCUGUCUUUUGCGUCCAUCACGAGUGUUCUUUCACACGUCUACUUCUUCCACUUUGAUGAAAUCAAGCAUGCCAUGAAGGGCACACUCAAGCUCGACAUCCACGCGCGCCUGAUGAAAUCAUACCAGAGUGUAAAGUGGUGGUGGUGGAUGAUCAUUCUCCUCGUCGUCUUCGGCAUGUCGGUCGGUACCGCACAGGGUUACGAUACCGGGCUCCCAUGGUGGGGAGUCAUCCUGGCGUUCAUCAUCCCCGCCAUCUACAUGGUUCCUUGCGGCAUGAUCCAGGGCGUCACCAACGUCGACGCCAACCAGCUCAACGUUCUGUCCGAGUUCAUUGGAGGAUACAUGUUCCAGGGCAAGCCCAUUGCCAACAUUCUCUUCAAGAUCCUCAGCACGGACGUCGUCGGCCAGGGGUUGUACUUUGCGGCCGACAUGAAGCUCGGCCACUACCUCAAGAUCCCGCCCACGACCUUGUUCUUCGCCCAAGGUCUCGCCACCAUCCUCGGCGCCUUGACCCAGACUGGCGUCACGCUGUGGAUGCUGGGCAACGUCGACGGUAUCUGCACCGAGGACCAACCCAACGGCUUCUCCUGCCCCAAUGGUCGCACCGUCUUCUCGUCUUCGGUCAUUUGGGGCCUCGUCGGGCCCGCUCGUCUGUACUCCGUUGGCGCCAUCUACUCUGGCCUCUUGCACUUCUUCUGGAUCGGUCUCAUCUUGCCGCCAAUCACAUACUUCAUCUUCAAGAAGACAAACUCUGACUUCAUUCGCAAGAUCAACUGGCCGCUCAUCUUUGUCGGAACCUACAACGUGCCACCGGCCACGGGUAUCAACUAUUCGUCGUGGUACAUUGUGAACUUGAUCUUCAACAAGAUCAUCUACCGCAAGUUCUACGCCUGGUGGAGCAAGUACAACUAUGUCCUCGCUGCGGCGUUGGAUACUGGACUUGCUAUCAGCGGUAUUGUCAUCUUCUUCGCCGUUACCUAUGGUCCCAAUGCGCAAUUCCCUGAUUGGUGGGGGAACACUGUCUGGGCUAAUACCGCUGAUGGACAAGGCUUGCCCUGGUUGCAAAUGCCAGACGUAGGCUACUUUGGACCCGCGAAUGGAACGUGGUCAUGA